AUGGCUGCUAUAAACAGAAAGGGCCAUAUCUACCACCUACAACACUCAGAGCUCAUCACCUUCGUGUUCCGAAACAGGCUGCUAAGCUCUCACGCUCGCAAAGCCAACAUGGGGUAUGACAAGGAGAAACAAGCACUUCGGACAAAGCUUAACCCUCAGGUGGCUGGGUGA